AUGACAAGCAACGGACCUGUCAUCGUUUACGAGUGGCUGAAGACCCUCCAGCUCUCCCAGUACGUCGAGUCUUUCGUGGAUAAUGGAUAUGACGACUUAGAGGUCUGCAAACAAAUAGGGGACCCUGACUUGGAUGCUAUCGGCGUCUACAUCCCGCACCACCGGCAGAGGAUCCAUGACGCGGUGAGGCGGCUGAAGGAGGAAGCCAAAGAGACGGCCAGCGGGCUGUACUUCACCCUGGAGCCGAUGCCACCCGCGGCUGAGGUUUACACGGGUCACAUGGGGGAGUUUGAGUCCAAACUUCGGGGCUCCAAGUCUUGGACCGAGCCCAACAGUGACCGGGUUGGGCGUAACGGCGGUUACAUGGGCGCACAGAGGAACCUGACGCUGGGCAACAGGAGGGAGCUGGUGAUGUACCCCAAACUGAAGCUGAAGAUUAUGAUCAGGGAUAAACUCAUCCGAGAUGGGAUCAACUUGACCAAACAGCCCUACUCUAAUAAGGAUGGUUCUCUGGGUAACAUAGAUGACCUUGCCCAGGAGUACGCCGAGUACUACAACACCUGCUUCAGUGACGUCGGCGAUCGCAUGGAGGAACUUCGUAAACGUCAAGUCUCCCAGGAGCUCGACAUGGAGAAACAGGAUCCAAGCAGUACCUCUCUGCAGCUUCGCAAUGAGAUCCAGGAAUCUUUAGGCUUCAGCAGCGAGAUGUCCACUCCUGAAACUGACAGAAAAUUGUCCCUGCACAAAUCCAGCUCUGAAGAUGGAUCUGGAGGCAAAUGGGAUAACAAGAAGAAAAACAAGUCUUUUUGGCAGAACUUCCGCAAAUCUCAGCACAAACCCGUUGUUCGACAGUCAUCCAAAGGAGAGGAUAUCGGCUACGUGGCCAGUGAGAUCACCAUGAGCGACGAGGAGCGGAUUCAGCUGAUGAUGAUGGUGAAAGAGAAAAUGAUCACCGUAGAAGAAGCUCUGGCUCGGCUGAAGGAGUAUGAGCGCAGCAAACACUCCAGCAGUACUGACACUGCAGAGUGGACUGAUGGAUCUACACCCAAUCUAAACCAGUCCUCAAACUGCAACCAGUCUCAUGAACAGUCAGAUGACGAACAAUCUGAGGACUCCGUGAAGUUCAAACGGCUGCACAAACUGGUUAACUCAACACGCAGAGUCAGGAAAAAACUCAUCAAGGUGGAGGAGGGCAAGAAACAUUCUACUGAAGAGUUCCUGAAUUUGGAGACGCCUCCUCGCUGUGAGGACAACACAGCUCUCUACACGGGGGUUCUAAAAAAGCCACCUUUGCCCCAAGAGGCUUCCCUGCAGUCCCUCACCCACGAUCAACUCUCGCUGGAUGGAGACUCGGACAGUUUGACGACUUCUCCGUCUUCCAGCAGCCUGGACACCUGGUCUGGACACAAGCUGGUGAAAACCUUCAGCAAAUCUUCCAGUACCCACGGUCUCAUCAGGCCCCCGAGGAGAACCACAGUUGCCUCGAGCAACGUAGGAGGCUCUGUCUCUGGUGUAGCGGGCAGUGGCUCGUCCUUCUCAGAGCUCGACGGAUGUGGUUUAGACGAUGAGGGAAAGUUGCAACGCUCCACAACGGAUGGCGAGAUGAGGAAGGCCCUGAGCUCCAUAUCCCACGGGAGAACAUGCAGUUUCGGGGGAUUUGACCUGUCCAACCGUUCUCUCCAUGUGGUCAACACGUGCUCCGAGGCUAAUAACAAAGAACAGGAGGCGAUUUACAGAGAGGUGGUCAAAUCUCCCACCGCAUCGAGGAUCUCGCUAGGCAAGAAAGUCAAGUCCGUGAAGGAGACGAUGAGGAAACGCAUGUCGAAGAAAUACAGCAGCUCUCUGUCUGAGCAGUCCAGUCCUGAUGGGGCCCCUGGAUCCCCGCAGUCACCUCUGCCAGACACCGACUCCUUGGAGAAACCUAAGCUUAAAGCCGGAGGCUCGGUGGAAAGCCUGCGGAGUUCACUCAGCGGACAGAGCUCAAUGAGUGGUCAGACAGUGAGCACCACUGACUCAUCAGCCAGCAACAGGGAGAGUGUGAAGUCAGAGGACGGAGACGAUGAAGAGCCGCCUUAUAGAGGACCGUUCUGCGGCCGGGCACGAGUCCAUACGGACUUCACUCCCAGCCCCUACGAUACCGACUCUCUCAAACUGAAGCGAGGAGAUGUGAUCGACAUCAUCAGUAAGCCCCCCAUGGGAACGUGGAUGGGCCUGCUCAACAACAAAGUGGGCACCUUCAAAUUCAUCUAUGUGGAUGUCCUGAGUGAGGAAGAGGAGAAGCCCAAGAGGCCCGUGAGGAGGAGGAGAAAGGGCCGACCGCCCAAGCCCACAUCAGUGGAGGAGCUGCUGGAGCGGAUAAACCUGAAGGAGCACAUGCCCACUUUCUUGUUCAACGGGUACGAGGACUUGGACACGUUCAAGCUGCUUGAAGAAGAAGACCUGGAUGAGCUGAACAUCAGAGAUCCUCAACACAGAGCGGUUCUGCUCACUGCUGUAGAGCUGCUACAGGAGUAUGACAGCAGCAGUGAUCCGGAGCGCUCUGGUCUCUCGGGUUCCCAGGAGAAGCUGCUGUCCGACGGUCGAGGCCUGGUGGGUGACUCCCCGAGGGACUCUGGGUGCUACGAAAGCAAUGAGAAUUUGGAAAACGGUAAGAACAGAAAAGCUUCUCGUUCCAGUCGUUCACCAGCAGGACAGCAGUCUCCAGACUACCCAACGCUGCCCCUGACCUUCUCUUCAGACGCUUUUCAACAUAAUGGUCAAAACCAGCGCACAAAGUUCCCCAAAGGCUUCUUUGUUAAGCCUUCCCUGAAGGGCUUCAACUUUCGGGGGCUACGAAAAGCCCAAAGACAGUCCCCUAUCCCUGCCAGCCGCAGUUGUGAGGAGCUUGAUGGUCUCCCACCACCCACUGGACCCUGGAAACGUUCCCACUCUCUUGGAGAUCUGAACUGGGAGCAGAACUUGGAGCAGAAACGAGAUGAUCUGAGGCUUGUGCUCAAACCCAUACCCAGAUCGGGAAACAACAGUCCCAUCAAGGUGUUUAGGGAGGAACGUUCUCCAGUUAAAAAUGUGACUCCAACAGUAAGCCCUAAAGGGAGAGCUGAUAGACCACCCAUACCCUCUCAACUUUCGUUGCGUUCUUCAUGUCCCAUAAUCCAGUCCUCCAACCUUGCUCAACCUUUCUCAAGUCCCACUCCAAGUCCUCCUGAUUCUAGUGCAAGUGGGGAGAGGGUCAUCCUGACUCAUACCAAAAAGCCUCCCAUCCCUCCUCCCGUUCCUGCCAAGAAAUCUAAAGAAAGACUAGUAAAUGGUAUACGUCAUCCAUCUCUAUCCUUGUCUUCCUCGCCAUCGCCCACGGCCUCCCCAACACACUCCAUUAACCGUUCCCAACCAAGCAGCCCCAUAAUUCGCAGCUGCAGCCCUAGCCCCAUACUCAGUGCCCCUGCUCUACCUGCCAAGACUAUGAGUACGCCAGUGAGUCCAUGUGCCCCUUCUUUGGCGUCAUCCAUAGGUGAAGAAUCAGACACAGCACCAGCAGUACAUCCUCCAUGGUUGUCUGAUCUUGGAGGUAAAAUGGCUGUCACGAGGAAGCUUUCCCACACCAAGAUGAGUCCUGAUCUGCACACCCUGCUGGAACAACGGCUGCUGGCUGAGGGCAUCAAUCUGACUGAGGAACCUUACUCUGACAAGCACGGCCGAUAUGGCGUCCCUCAGGCACUGAUACAGCGUUACUCCGAGGACUUGGAGCAGCCUGCCAAAGAUGUGGCCUCCACAAUGGACCAGCUCAGAGUUAAAGAACUUCGUAAACAACACCGCAUGGCUAUCCCCUCUGGUGGUUUGACAGAGAUGUGCCGAAAGCCUUCACCCAUCAGUAACAUCAGCACUGUGUCUGAUUGGCUCAUCUCCAUUGGCCUGCCCAUGUACGCCUCGUCUCUGGCAGCGGCAGGCAUUGAUACAUUGAGUCGCGUGGCCUUGUUAACAGAGAGCAGUGUGUGGGAGGCUGGGGUGCGGGAUGAAAGACACGCCCGUCGCCUGAUCAGUGAGGCCAGAUCAGUCGAUGCACACAGGGAGAUGCGAUCUUAAGCUUGAAAUCUACUGAUUAGUCUGUACCAUCUCAUUUUAACUUGACCAGGAGGAUGGCCACAGAACUGAAAGUCCACAGUUGUGACCACAUCGCUAUAAUACUUCCUUUACUGCACAUGUCAAAACACUUACGAUGAGCUAACUAGCUCUGCGACCUUCUCGCUUUGACACUUUGCCCUUUCUUAAAUGUUUACGGCAUUAAGGAGUUUUUCCUAACAGCCAAGAUAAUAUAUCAGAUGCCUUUAAAUGACAAAUAAGACUGACACUGUUGGAUGGCUUCCAUUCAGAUGACACCUGCAAAGUCUUCAAAUAAAGACUUGGACUUGCCUUUAAGGAUGAUAGCACACUCUUUUGUAGGAUCAAUGUGUUGAUUUAUUAUAAUUUUUUUUGAUCCAGAAAGAUGGUUUGGUUCUUACGUAUUCUGGUAGCGAAAUGUUUUCAUCUUUCGUGGCAAGGCAGCAUAAUCUGAAAACAAAAUCUGGACUUUUAAUAAAGUAAGCCACUCUAAACAUUGGAUAACAGGUGACCUUUUUGUAUCAUUUUUC